AUGAAAGUUGGGCAAAUAGAUUCUGGAGCUCCCCCAGGCCAGGAUUUUACCAUCAACUCCAAUGCAAUCAUCUGGGCCAAAAAGGUGCCCUUUGCCAGGUGUGGCAUGAAGAGAUGCCAAGCAGGAGAGAAAAGCAGUGUUCCAGAGGGUGAGCAGGUUUGCUGCUACCAAUGUGAUCCUUGUCCAGAAGGGACCAUUUCCAAUAAGACAGAUGCAGCUCGCUGUGACCCCUGUCCAGAAGACCAAUACCCAAACAAGGAGAAGGACCACUGCAUUGCCAAGAAGAUCCAUUUCCUUGCCUAUCAAGACACCCUGGGAUACAUUUUAGCAUCUCUCACUCUUUUUCUUUUUGUGAUCACAUUGGCAGUUCUGGCAAUUUUCCUUAAGCAUCGUGACACACCAAUUGUCAAAGCCAACAACCAAGAACUCACUUACAUCCUCCUGGUUUCCCUCCUGCUCUGCUUCCUCUGCUCCUUCCUCUUCAUUGGUCGACCUAGGAAGCUCAGCUGUCUCUUCCGACAAACUGCCUUUGCUAUUUUCUUUUCCCUUGCAGUUUCCUCUGUGUUGGCAAAAACUGUCAUGGUGGUUCUGGCCUUUGUGGCUACCAAACCAGGGAGCAGGGCAAGGAAAUUCUUAGGAAAACCACUGACUAACUCCAUUGUCUUAGCCUGUCCCCUGGUACAGGCAGUUCUUUGUGUUACCUGGCUGGUAACCUCUCCCCCAUUUCUCAAUUUGGACUUCCACUCCUUGUUUGGAGAGAUCAUCUUGGAAUGCAAGGAAGGCUCAGCUUUAAUGUUUUACAUUGUCCUUGCCUACCUAGGUUUUUUGGCCCUUGUCAGUUUCAUGGUAGCCUUUCUGUCUAGGAAGUUGCCAGACAGCUUUAAUGAAGCCAAGUUCAUUAGUUUUAGCAUGCUGAUCUUUUGCAGUGUUUGGAUCAUCUUCCUCCCCACUUACCUGAGCACCAAAGGGAAGUCCAUGGUGGCUGUGGAGAUCUUCUCUAUCUUGGCCUCUGGGGCUGGUCUCUUGGUUUGUAUCUUUUUCCCAAAAUGCUUCAUUAUCCUAUUGAGGCCCCAUCUUAAUUGUAGGGAAAAUAUGAUGAAUAAAAAUAUCUAA